AUGGUGAACAAUCGAGUGGACAGUGUGGCGAUGGAGAGCAAGCUGCUGGUCGGAGGAAAGAACAUCAUCGAUCACACCAACGAGCAGCAGAAGAUGCUGGAGAUGAAGCAGCAGGAGAUCGCUGACCAGACUCGUACGGAGAGGGAGAUGCAGCAGCAGAUGUUCGUCCAGGACGAGGAGACGGUGGAGCUGAGGGAGACUUUCACUUCUCUGCAGCAGGAGGUGGAGGCCAAGACCAAGAAACUCAAGAAGUACCUGAAGCUGUACGCCAAGCUCCAGUGCAUCAAAGCAGAGAUCCAGGACGUGAACGACGAGCACGUGAGGAGCCGACAGGAGCUGGAACAAACUCAGAACGAGCUCACAAGAGAGCUCAAGUUCAAGUAUCUGAUCAUAGAGAACUUCAUUCCUCCAGAGGAGAAGAAUAAGAUCAUGAACAGACUGACCUUUGACCCCGAGGAGGAUCAGUGGAAGUUUCAGCCGCUCGUUCCUGCUGAAAGUAAAUCCUCUCAGAUGAAGAAGAGGCCGUCGUCUGCGGUCGGAUACAAACGACCCAUCAGCCAGUACGCCAGGGUUGCCAUAGCGAUGGGAGUCCAUUCCAGAUACAGGGCUGAGAACAUCAUGUUUCUGGAGCUGGACAUGACUCCUCCGAACACGGCCUCGCUGGGUCGUUCCAAGGAGCCGAACCAAAGCACCUCUGUGGACAACUCGCCCACCAAGGACCGGGGCGUCCGCAAGUCUCGCUCCUGGUGUCAGACGCCGAAAUCCAUCACUUCCUCCUCGUCUAACGUUUCCUUGGCGGUGUGUCACACUGCCACACCCACGGCGGCACAGUAAAGCUUUAGUGAAGAGGCUUUAGUGGGUUUUUUUCACCGUUUAUUUAUUUCAUUCUUCUGCUUCCUCCUGCUGAUUUUCCUCAGAAACAUUUCUCAGCGAGGCCCACAGCUGGGAUACAAGCACACGCCACGACCUCUGCUGAAUCCCGAGAGGUCAUAGGCUUUUAACGGGUCGCUAAUAAAGGAGUGACCUCCUGACGGGAAACUAAAUGAUCUCAGAAACUCUAUAAAACAUCAGUUCCUCCUGUUCUACGGAUGUAAAGACUUCUCCUCCUUCGUCCCUGCAUGUUUGGGACCAAGAGCCUUGGAUUAUCUUUUAAAACAUCUGGCUGCAGAGUUGUUCUGCCCAGACUGGUGUGUAUGAGUGUGUUGUGCAUACAGGGCUGUAUGAUUGUCUGUUUGUGUUUCUAAUUGUGACCAGUUCAGAUCUGCGAGCUCACAAACUGCUUGACUCCCCCUGUAGAAUAUCAAUCUGUAAAUCUUUCAUGUAUUAGUUUUUUUCCUUCCUUACUUGGGUCUGAAUCCGUCGUCCGCUCCCUUCGGAGUGUGUGUCUGUGUUGAGCACGUUAGAAGAUAAUGAUAGAACAUUUGAAAUGUGCUGUUGUUGGUCAGAUGAGGUACGGUGAAGCCUGAAUGAUGACCUUCAUCAUUAUACCUGUUGUCUCACAUCAUUGUUUUUGCCUUAUGAACAUUUAAAUUCUGUAGAUUCGGAAUUUCUAUUUGGAUCUGGAGUCCACUGAAGAUAUUUAUUUAUUCAUCAAGAUUCAUACAUUUUAAAUCAGAGUAAUUGUCUAAUGCCUGAUGCAAUGUUAAAGAAAAAGAUUCCUGAAUCCUCCCCCUGAACUGGGACUGCGCCAAAAUCGAAUGGCUUCUUCCCCGACCCAUCCCUCCACCAACUUCUGUGUUAAUCCUUCUAUUGGUUUUCCUGGAAUCCUGCUAAAGACGAACAAAACGAGACGAAAACAGACACAGACGUCGAACUGUUUCUGUAAAAUACACGAAUGGCUGCUGCGAUAAGAAAGUCAGUCAAAGCUGUCGCCUGUUUGCUGCAGGUGGACGGAGAGAGUUCAUUGUUUUCUUCAUGGAGGUGAAGAGGAGCAGACAGUGGGGGGCACGGAUCAUCACUGUAUUAUUGAUGCUUCAGAUCCUGUUGCAGCUGAACCCCCUGCAAAGUGCAAGAGAGCACACAGUCGUCCUCCAGUCAAACUACAUUUAUCCCCAGUGAGACUGAAACUUUCACAUCUUUAUUACGCGUCAUCGUCGUCCUGUGUGUUUCGAAAUGUUUUUUUUAAUCCAAAAAUCAAACCAUAUCAUUUAUUAUGUGUGAUGAUAUGACAGAAGAGUGAAUUUGACUGUCAGUCCUGGAUCCUGUCACUCCCUGUAUCUUGCUCGCACAUCUUCAUUACGGCUCAAUCACUCAUUGGAAGCACAAAUUGUAAAACAAAAAGAAAUAUCUCAAAAUUUGCCAGAAAUGUUGGUGAUGUUUUAAAAUUACUUGUUUUUUUCCGACCAAAACCCAAAGAUGUAAAAAAAAAAACACAGAAAACUCUUUGUUUUGGUCAAAUUUAUCAUCAGAUGUUGUCUUGAUUGAAAUCUACCUCCGUCUUCGACUUUUACUGACUGACACUGAGGAUUUUAUGUUUAUCUUCAUGAAUAAUCCAGAACAGACAGGAUCUGAAGUUAAAACAAUGAUAUUCAAGCAAAAUAUAAAAAAAAGCCAUCGUGUAUACGAUGCUGAAAACAUCUAAUUUAAAUGUUUAAAUCAGUAAAUUAUUUAUUCGCACUGUGUCGCCUCUAUUGUGAUAUUCAAUUAUGUUCUAAAUUUAACUAAUGGCAGUUUCUGAUGUAAGAACAUUUUUGUCAUAUUAUUCAGUAAAAAAAAAAAAAAAAAUCCAUGUACGUUUCCCAUCUGUGUCAGGGCCUGU